CCUAAAAUCCAAGGUUGCAAUGCAUGAGAAAACGAAGGGAACUGAUACAGGUAUGAUAGAAUAGAAAAAAAGAUCAACGCUUCACACUCGUCCCAGUAGGUGGCGGAAAUGUACCAAAAGCUGGUUUGCCAACUGUCAUAAAGCCAAAGAAGAAGAAGAAGAAGAAGAAGAAGAAGAAGAAGAAUAUUUUAAAGCCCCGCCCUUAUUACCACAUGACUGUUCUAUACUCUGAAAAACAACACCACACAGGUCGCCCGCUGAUAGCGUUAGCGGCAUAGUACAAUCAGGAACAGCACAAUUAUGCUACAGUUCACAGGGUUUUGAUCUGACGAUGUCCUAGCAAAGAUUCCUGAUGAUGAGAAAGAUGUGACUGUUGCAGAAUAACAGGAUGAGCAAAAGUCAUAGACGGAUAGAAAUGGACCUGGCUUUAGGAUCAUCAAAGCCUUAUGGGUCGUCCAGGACUAUUGUAAGAAGAAUCGCCACAAGCCUUCCUCUGCCGCCUUAUCCACUACUCAUACCUGAAAGUGGACACGAGGAUGAGUUUCAUCUUCAUCCAUUCACUGCUGGUGUGGGCUUCCUGAACAAUUCCAAUGGACCAAAUGGGCUCGUGGCCUUUUUUGCUGAUGUAGGCUGGAUUGACAGACAAGAGAAUGAUGUAACUGGCAAAACUAGAUUUGAGGCAGAUUCUGGGUUGUUUUUCCGCACUCAGCAGCGUAGACCCUUGGGACGGCAGAGCUCUUUACCCAGCUUGUAUCAGACUGAGACGGCUCCUCAGAGCCAGGCAAUUAUCAAUGAUGAAGCCUUUCAGAAGAUCAGCACUCUUGAGUCUGAGCUGGCCAAACUCGGAGCUCAAAUCGCACAGAUAGUUCAGGCACAGGAGCAAAAUGCACAGUCCACAGCUCCAGGUGGCCCUCCUGUCCCCAUGGCUAUACCCAUGGCUCCAGUCCCACCACCACCACCACCUCCUCCUUGCCCUGGCAUGCAGAGGAGCUAUUCCGCCAUUGAACUCAUCAAAGAGCAGCGUGGGAAAAAGUCAGAGCAGAAUAUAUUACUGGAACCAGAAUCCAAUAAGCCAGAGGUGCCCAAUAUGUUAGACGUGCUGAAAGACAUGGGGAAAGUGAAGCUGCGCUCAGUUAAGAGUCAUACGGUUGAUGGCCACACGAAACCCAAGCCUGUUGAACCCACAGAUGCUGCUGCAUUGAUUGCCGAGGCACUGAAAAGAAAGUUUGCUCGCCGUUACCGUAGUGACUGUGAGUGUGAAAGCAGCUUUAACUUAUCAGCCCCUGAGAACAAGUCCCAUGUGGAAGCACCACUGUUUGGAAGGCAUAUUUUGAAAUCAACUGGAAGGAGGAAACUGUACUAAGAUGGACACAGAAGCUACUCUUCUGAGCCCUGUUCCUGUUAGAAAGUUAACUGAGUUAACCAGAUAACUUUUAAUUCCAAGUAGUGAGCUAGAUGGGUUUUUUUGUAAAUGAGCAUGCACAUGCCAAAACACAAUGCAGUCAAUCUGGUUUCCCCUACUGGACAUCAGCAUUGUUGUGUAUCUUUGUAAUUUUGCACUUUGAAGAGUUCAUCUCUAUCAGCAAAUGUUGUACCUCAGUGGUCUCAUUGCAUGCAGGUUCCAUUUUGCCAGUGAUAUGAAAAAUGCAUUUUAUUUGUAUUCAGUUUUAUGUAAGAUUUUGUGUUUUUAUGUGGAUGUUUAAGGUCAAUAGAGCUCUAGUGCACACUUUAAUUUCUUAAUGAAGGGCUAGUUAUUGAAAGCAAGCACCAAAGUAUAUUGACUGUUCUGGUUGCCUUAAUAGUAGCAUUUUAGUAUUCAGAACACCUGUUCUCUUUUUGCUUUAAAGGGUGCCAAGAUGUUACAAUCAGGUUUGAAUGCUUUUAUUUCUGUCAGACUAUAUAGCCUGUCUGUAGGAACAGUUAUGCUGAAUGUAUCACGCCUUCAAACAUCUGUGAUCAUAAAAGGUGCUAUUUCAGUACUAUA